AUGGAUACUUCUGAUACAAGCUGCGCAGGUGUAUUUCAAAAUUUAGACAACAAUAGUCUCAGUAUACAAGUGUUUAACAAUCAAAUAAUCGUCUACAAUAUUUUGGAAAAUGUAAGAGGAGAUAUAAACGACCGAUUGAAGUUGCGUUUAGUCAACAAAUCAUUCAAUUUGGCAACCAUUCACGCUAUUCGAAAAGAGCACCGAACAGUUGAAUUUCACAAGACUACACGUUGUAAUGAUCGUAGAAGAUUAGACCCUAGAGACCCUAGAAAUAAUAGAACUGAGCCAUGUCAAAAUUGUUCGGUCUACUUAAAUUCGGAAAAGCUCAAUGCGAAAAAUUUAUUUAGCUAUGCUUGGUUCUUGAAACAAACAAUGAGGAUCAUGGUAGUUAAAAUAAUAAUCGGAGACUCCGGAUCAUAUUGUUUUAAUGUUCAUAAUGUUGUUCAAGAAGCAUUGGUAGAUCCCGAUUUUGAAAAAGUGGAAGAAUUCGUUGGUGCUGAUAAUUUGAAUUGUUUUGGAUGUGAAGUAUGUGAAGAUAUAGCUUUAAAUUGCAAAGUAUAUGGACCAGUUCAAAUUAAUAGUUUUCGACCUAUAAUGAGACAGAAGCAUCAUUUUGAUGUUUUACAGAUCAAAGACAGUUGUCUCUACUUAUUGUGGGACGAAAAAAAAGAGAAUCCGGCAAUAGUUACCGACGUUAUCAAUUCAAAUAUCACUUGAUCAAAAUUGACCAUUUUUCUCACAUCUGUAUUCGAGAAAGACGAUUGGGGAUAUGCUCUACCACGAAAGUUCCUGGAUUUGAUAAUAACAAAAUGGAACGUGAGGACUGUUGAAAUUGCUUUCAAACAUGUAAAGGUCCAUUUCCUCGUUUUAACGCGGAUGAUAUUGUUCCCAAAGCCAAGUUCUAUGUGGAUUAUUGGACACAGCCACGUUCCAAAUAUACAUUGGAUGAAGUAGAAGUUGAUUUACAACUCACAAAAGUAUUCGAAGUACAAAUCGAGAGGAAGAAGUCACAUGUUGCCACCAAUUUCAUUGCAAAUACUUGCAGGAUUUUUCCCAGCAAAAAGAUCAGUGUGAAACUCUCAAAGGACAUUUGUCAACUGCUAAUCGAUCCAGAAAACAUUGAGGACUUCAUAUCGGAAAUCAAAUUGAUGCUUCAAAAGGAUUCUCAACCUAAUUCGCAGAUUUCUUUGAAAUUAUAUCAGUAG